AUGCAAUUGGAAUCAUUACCCAACGAAUUAUUACUCGAUUUAUUUCGAUAUUUCGAUAGUAUUCAUCUUUUAUUCACUUUUUAUGGUCUUAAUUCUCGUUUUAAUAAUUUAAUUGUUAUUUAUUUUCGAUUUAACUGUCUUAAUUUUCAACAUAUUUCAAAUCUUAAUUUUGAUAUUAUUUGCCAACAAUAUCUUCCAUUAAUUAUCGAUCAUAUUAAUUCCUUGUAUUUAUCAGAUGAUGACGAAACUCCACAACAAACAAAAUGGCUCAUGAGUUAUAAUUUCAACCUUGAACAAUUUAUUGGAUUACAAUCACUUACAUUGUCAACUAUAAAUUGUGAAGAAACAAUGAAUAAAAUGAUGAACCAGUUAUGUUAUUUAUCUCAACUUCAAUAUUUAAAUAUUAUUGAUUGUUAUUUUCAAUCUUCAUAUAUCGAUAAUAUUUGGUUUAUUCGUAAAUUGAUUCGUUGUGAAUUAAAUACUAUUAGUAAUUUCGAUUGUUCAAAUGUUCCAACAAUAAAAUCAUUUUCUCUUCAAUAUUUUUCUAUUUCAAAUGUACCGUUAACUAAAUUUUCCAUUGAACAUUUGCUAGAAUUUACACCUUGUCUUCAACAUCUUAUAAUAGAUUUUUUUGUAUUUUCACCCAGUGAAAACUUAACACGAACGAUAUCAACAAUUGAAAGAUUAAGUUUAGCGUUUUUAAAUUCAUCAAAUAAAUUGGAAAAUAUUUUACAAAAUAUGUCAAAUGUAUCUAAACUUACAGUUAGAACAUGGAGAGAUAUUUACAGAAAUGGUUAUCAAUGGGAAAAUCUGAUUAGUAAUUAUUUACCAAAACUCAAAGUAUUUAAUUUAUUGAUGCAAUUUGAUUCUGAUGAUGAUGAUGAUGAUAUAAAUGGAGAAGAACAAGUUGAUAAAAUACUUGAUUCAUUUCGAACUCAAUUUUGGAUUGAUAAACAUCGAUGGUUUGUUCGAUGCCAUUGGCAAUCAAAAUCCUUUUCGCUUUACACUUUACCUUAUGUCUUUCGAAGGUUUACUAUCGAUAUCGAUACACAAUUUAAAUCAACCUGCAUUGAAGAUAAUACUUUUUCCUCAUACAAUCAUGUAAAGGAUAUAUCUUUUUGUCCUUCUUUAUCUCCAGAUUUUGUUCAUCUUCGCUUCUUAAAACUACAUGAUCUUUGUCUUGUGUUUCCUAUACAAAAUGAGUUUCUAUCGAUCAUACCAACUCUUCAUUAUUUGACAUCACUUACAAUUGACUUCGAAAAAGAAACUUUUAUUUCAUUUCCAUUACAAGUAUUACUGGAUAGAGCAUAUCAUCUUUAUUCACUCAAUUUAAAACAAGAUUCAACUUUACAUAUGAUUAAUUUGAGAAGUAAAUCGGUUCGUCAACUUCAUUUCAGUUCCCAUAAUAAAUAUUUCAAUCAACAAGAAUGUAUUCUAUUAAGUCAAUCACCACUGGGUAUGCAAUGUGAAGUUCUUCGGAUUCAAGUUAAAGAUAAAAAAAAUAUUAUUUAUCUUUUAAAUAAGAUGAAAAAUCUUCGAUCGUUAUGUUUUUCAUGUGAAAAUAUUCAAUCGCAAAAUGAACUCAUUGAAUGCUUGAAACAAAAACAAGUAGAUAUAGAUUUCGCUCAUUUUAUUCGAUUGUGGAUUAGAUAA